AUGGCUGAUAUGAGAAAUGUCAACAACUGGCAUUGGGUCAACAAAGACUGUAGACAUUGGGCUAAAAACUACUUGACAGAGAAAUUGGUCGGUACAUCAGCCGCUAGAGACAGCUCACAGGUAGUCAUUACCAGCUUAGAUGAGUGCACAGGUGAUGUAGACCUCAAUCAGCGCAAGGGCAAAUUGCUGGCAAUCUACGAUGUUGCUUUGAAGAUGAGCUGGCAAGGCAAGCUAAAAGAUGGCUCUACUGUGUACGGAAACAUCACUGUACCUGAAGUCGCUUAUGAUACUGACAUGGAUGACUAUGUCUUCGAUAUCCAAAUCAAUAGUGGCUCAGGGGAUGAAAUCAAAAGACUCAUUCGAUCGGAUCUAGUGCCAUUAAUUGCUGCAAAGUUUUCCCAUCUUACUCGUGAUUUAGUGGAUCAACACAGCUCUGAUUUGUAUGCGGAUAAGAACUCGGCGCCAUCCACACCAGAAUUGGUGCAACGAAAGAAUCGCAAUGCAGCAACCACGCCCUCUUCUGCAGCAACGAAGAUUGUCGAGGAUAAGGUAGUCAAGACGAGCAUCAUUGAGCAUUCCUGUGAUUUUACGGGAGCGACCCCCAGAGAGAUAUAUGAGACCCUGUUAGAUCCUCAACGUGCUGCAAUUUGGUCACAUGGAAAGGCUAAAGUGUCAAAGCGCAUUGGCACUGAUUUUGAACUGUUUGAUGGAAAUGUUCAUGGUACUUUGAUGCAAGCAACACCAGGAAAGAGUAUCAUGCAGACAUGGCGGCUCAAGAAUUGGCCUCAAGGCCAUUUCUCUACUGUUACCCUAACAUUCAAAGAAACGCAAGAGGGUACAACAGUCAAGGUAAAUCAAGUAGGAGUACCUGUUGGGCAAGAAGAGGCGAUUCGCAAGAAUUGGAUGGGCUAUUACUGGAAUGCCAUCAAAGACAGUCUAAAUAAGGGACAGUUACAGCAUUUACCUAUUCAAAAUGACCCAUUACUCGGUUUGCUUGAUACCAAGUAUUUGAUUUUGUGUAUUUUCAUGACAGUCUUGAUCAUUGCGUUUACUGCAUAUCAAGUAGCUCCAACAAUAAAGAUGUAA